GCCAGGCUCCCGUGAGGGAUCUGAGCCCGCCUGACCUCAGCGAGAGGCCCUGGAGUAAACCGCAGGUUUCCCUGCCGGGAGACAGCUUGCUAGAGCGCUGGAGCUGGGGGCUGCUUCGUCCUGGUCACUCUCUCUGCCACAGACCUCCCUGUUGCGUUAGAACAGGGCCCAGACCUUUCUCCUGGCCUCCAGCACGGGGGUCCCCUACCUGCCCGUUCGGCCUCAUUUCCUACCGCUCCCUGCACCGCAGCCAUCCUGGCCCACUGCUGUUCCUGACCUGGCCGAGCUUGUUCCUGUCCUGGGGCCUUUGCACGUGCUGUGUGACUGCUGUCCGGAACGCUCUUCCCUCUUUCCGUGGGUGGCUCCUUAGUCCCCUUCGAGGACCAAGCUGAAAUCUCACGUCCUCCCGGUGGCUUGCCCUGAUGUGCCUGACCAGGGAGCCCCCUCCUCCCCCAGGCCCCCUUGUGCUUGCUUACUCCUCACAUCGCCUCGCUGACUUCCUGUUUACUGAGGCCAGGUCCUUCUCCUUUGUUUACUGCUGUCAUCUGCAGCGUCUGGCACGGAAUAAGUGGAAUGAAUGGCUCGUGUUUGUUCCCCAGAGGCUCAUCCAAAAUAGAGGAAGCCUGUGAGAUCUACACCCGAGCAGCAAACAUGUUCAAAAUGGCCAAAAACUGGAGCGCUGCCGGAAACGCUUUCUGCCAGGCCGCCCAGCUGCACCUGCAGCUCCAGAGCAAACACGACGCGGCCACCUGCUUCGUGGACGCCGGCAACGCGUUCAAGAAAGCUGACCCCCAAGAGGCCAUUAACUGUUUGAUGAGAGCAAUCGAGAUCUACACGGACAUGGGCCGAUUCACGAUCGCGGCCAAGCACCACAUCUCCAUCGCUGAGAUCUACGAGACGGAACUGGUGGACAUCGAGAAGGCCAUCGCCCACUACGAGCAGUCUGCAGACUACUACAAAGGGGAGGAGUCCAACAGCUCAGCCAACAAGUGCCUGCUGAAGGUGGCUGGUUAUGCGGCUCAGCUGGAGCAGUAUCAGAAGGCCAUUGACAUCUAUGAGCAGGUGGGAACCAAUGCCAUGGACAGCCCCCUUCUCAAGUACAGCGCCAAGGACUACUUCUUCAAGGCGGCCCUCUGUCACUUCUGCAUCGACAUGCUCAAUGCCAAGCUCGCCGUCCAGAAGUAUGAGGAGCUGUUCCCUGCGUUCUCUGGCUCCCGGGAGUGCACGCUAAUGAAAAAAUUGUUAGACGCCCACGAGGAGCAGAACAUUGACAGCUACACCGAAGCGGUGAAGGAGUACGACUCCAUCUCCCGGCUGGACCAGUGGCUCACCACCAUGCUGCUUCGCAUCAAGAAGACGAUCCAGGGUGACGAGGAAGACCUGCGCUAAGCGCCCCCAGCCCCCUGGCACCCGUCCUCCUGCCCCGUCUUCUCUACCCCCGCGCCCCUCCAGCGCGUGAGCCCAGAGACGUGGGGCCGAGACCUUGGCUGCGAGACCUCCCCUCCCUUCCCGCAGAGGAGUCUCCCCAAGCCGCGGUGCGGGCUCAGCACUGCCGCGGGGCCCCCGAGGCUGGGCCUGCCGGCCGGACAGUCCCCCUCUGUUCUCGCUGCACCCCCUCGCCUCCUGCCCGUUUAUUUAAUCCCCCCCCCCCCCCCCAGAGGUGCCCUUCUCUGCCCCAAACACAGAACCUCUGACACAGACCUGUUUGCUGUGGGUGCCGCCAGGGGUGGGGGGUCAGCAUCUGGUCCCCCGCCUCCUGACCGGCUGAGUCGCAAGACUGGCUUCGGUCUCUCCCACCUGCCCUCCAGCCGAGCCCUGAGCACACGUAGCCGCUGAGAUUUGCUCUCCCCGUGGGGGCAGGCUCCUUCCCCUCCGGUGCCGGGAACCCCCACGGCGUCCUGCAGCCCUGACCUCUCAGGAUAGACCGCAGGCCCUGGAGCUCAGAGGGCCGUCCCCGCGCCCACCCUGACAUCUGCUCCUUCCCUAGUGCUUUGAGGUUUUGUGGUCGGAAGCUGCAGCUGGCCUGAGAAAGAAAAAUAAAAAAGAACACUUCGCAUGA